AAAACCCUCACUUUCUUUUACACGCUAUUACUGUAUUUCAAGACUCUGCACAAUGCCACUUCUUUCAUGUCUGCCCUUUGUUUUGCUUUCCUUGUUUCAGUUUCAGACAGGUUUCUCGGCUCUGAUAGCGAGCUUGAAGAACCACCACUCACCACAACAUCGGAACCCAAUGUUCCAAACCAACCAAACCACCUGCUCAUUGUUUGCCGGCACUUGGGUUCGCGAUGAUAGAUACCCCUUAUACCAAUCUUCCAACUGCCCAAUCAUUGAUGCAGAAUUCAACUGCCAAAUGAACGGGAGACCCGACUCUGAUUACCUCAAAUAUCGAUGGCAGCCUCUCAACUGUGUGCUCCCGAGGUUCAACGGACUCGUGUUUUUAUCCAAAAUGAGAGGGAAACACGUAAUGUUCGUCGGUGAUUCUCUGGGAAGGAACCAAUGGGAAUCUUUGAUUUGUAUGAUCUCAGCUUCUGCACCCGAAAUGCAGACUCAGAUGGCCAAAGGAGAUCCUCUCUCCACCAUCAACUUCAUUGACUAUGGUUUAUCGAUAUCAUUUUAUAGAGCUCCAUACUUGGUAGAAAUAGACGUGAUCGGAGGGAGAAGAAUUCUCAAGUUAGAUGACAUAUAUGCAAACGGAAAUGCCUGGACGACCGCGGACUUGCUGGUGUUCAACACAGGCCAUUGGUGGAGCCAUAAAGGAUCCCUUCAAGGGUGGGAUUUGAUUGAAACAGGGGGAAAGUAUUACAAGGACAUUGAUCGUUUGGUUGCAUUGGAGAAAGGGUUGAGAACAUGGGCUGAUUGGGUCGACACCAAUGUCGACGUAACUAAAACCAGAGUCUUUUUCCAAUCCAUUUCCCCCACGCAUUACGAUCCUAGUGAAUGGAAUGCGGAAGCAACCGCGAUCGUGACCAAAAACUGUUACGGAGAGACGUCACCGAUGGCGGGAACGACCUACCCCGGCACGUACCCUGACCAGAUGAGAGUGGUGGAUGAAGUCAUUAGAGAAAUGCACGUCCCUACAUAUUUGUUGGACAUAACCAUGCUCUCUGAGCUUAGGAAAGAUGGGCACCCUUCGGUUUACAGUGGUGAUUUAAACCCUGCUCAGAGGGCUAACCCAGACGUCUCUGCUGAUUGUAGCCAUUGGUGCCUCCCUGGAUUGCCUGACACUUGGAAUGAACUGUUUUAUACUGUCUUGUUCUAUUGAGUUGUAUGGUUUUACUUCAUUGCAUAAUUAAUAACAUGUACUAAUUUUGAUUAGAAAAGGGUGCAAAACUGCAUUUUUCUCUGUAUUUAUAGUUUCUCUCAACUCCUUUUACUCAUGGUUA